AUGUACGCAGUAGAGUUGGUUUGCUUGCUUGCUUGCUUGCUUGAGAGUUGGUACUUGUAUAUCAAGUAUGAAUUGCGAUGUGGUGAAGUAGGUUGCAUCUACCUGCAAGAUUGUAUCCUACUACAGAUCAUGACUCUAUCCAUCAUCAUCAUCCCAACCAGAAGUUCAUAUAUGAACCCGCCACUAACUACAUCCGGAAACACAAUCCUCGCUUCGAACUUCUCUAUCUAUCUACCAUUUACUUGUAUCUGCCUCACAUCCUGCAGUGCAUACUGCACUUUUCAUGACGCACAGGAUUAUAUCCAAGACACUGCAGUCAAGCAAAGGUUUGUUUACUGCACUGUGUGUAUAUUGAAUGUUUCCUCGAACAUGGUCCUACCACUUACCAACUUACAAGCACCACCCCCAACCUAA